GGCGCCUCUGCUCUCCGAGUCCUCCCGAUUUCGAUGGCUUUCCUGAAUGGCUGACUCUGGGCUGCCCUGGACUUGGCCCCCGGACAGUCGCCUCUCCUCCUCCUCCUCCUCCUCCUCCUCCAACUCCUCGGCUACACACCAGCUCUGAGAGCGAGAGAGUGAACGAGAGAGGGAGGGAGAGAGUGAGAGCGAGGAAGAUCUUUGGAGAGAUUUUUUUUUUUUUUUUGCCUCCUACUUCUGUCUUGAAGCCAGACAAUCGACUUGCAGCUCUCCCUCCCCUCCCUCUCUCUCUCUCUCUCUCCACGUUCUGCUCUCACUUGCUCUCCCCCGGCCCCAUCCCCUCCCCUCCCCGGCGGAAAGCCCCCCGAAAGCAACAAAGCUGAGCCGAGAGAAACAAACAAAACAAACACACCGGGCCAGACGAGCCAUCGACAAAACUUUGCAAAAGCAGAAACAAAAAAGGAAAAACUAACCAACCUCAACCAACCAGCCCCCCCGAGCCACCCGGGGCGCCCUCCCGCGCCCUCUCGCACCCUUUGCACACACAAAAGGCGGCGCGCCGGAGCCCGAGACCCGGGAACCCGCCGCCGCCCGCAGCCAGGGGAGCAGGAAGUCCGGACGCGGCCCCCAUAGAUAUGGCAAUGGUAGUCAGCACGUGGCGCGACCCCCAGGACGAGGUGCCCGGCUCUCAGGGCAGCCAGGCCUCGCAGGCGCCGCCCGUGCCCGGCCCGCCGCCCGGCGCCCCGCACACGCCACAGACGCCCGGCCAAGGGGGCCCGGCCAGCACGCCGGCCCAGACGGCAGCCGGCGGCCAAGGCGGCCCUGGCGGGCCGGGCAGCGACAAGCAGCAGCAGCAGCAGCACAUCGAGUGCGUGGUGUGCGGGGACAAGUCGAGCGGCAAGCACUACGGGCAGUUCACGUGCGAAGGCUGCAAGAGCUUCUUCAAGCGCAGCGUGCGGAGGAACCUGAGCUACACGUGCCGCGCCAACCGGAACUGUCCCAUCGACCAGCACCACCGCAACCAGUGCCAGUACUGCCGCCUCAAAAAGUGCCUCAAAGUGGGCAUGAGACGGGAAGCCGUGCAGAGGGGCAGGAUGCCGCCCACCCAGCCGAGCCACGGGCAGUUCGCGCUGACCAACGGGGACCCCCUCAACUGCCACUCCUACCUGUCCGGAUAUAUCUCCCUGCUGCUGCGCGCGGAGCCCUACCCCACGUCGCGCUUCGGCAGCCAGUGCAUGCAGCCCAACAACAUCAUGGGCAUCGAGAACAUUUGCGAACUGGCCGCGCGGAUGCUCUUCAGCGCCGUCGAGUGGGCCCGCAACAUCCCCUUCUUCCCCGACCUGCAGAUCACCGACCAGGUGGCCCUGCUCCGCCUCACCUGGAGCGAGCUGUUCGUUCUGAACGCGGCCCAGUGCUCCAUGCCCCUCCACGUCGCCCCGCUCCUGGCCGCUGCCGGCCUCCACGCCUCGCCCAUGUCCGCCGACCGGGUGGUCGCCUUUAUGGACCACAUACGGAUCUUCCAAGAGCAAGUGGAGAAGCUAAAAGCGCUGCACGUCGACUCCGCCGAGUACAGCUGCCUCAAGGCCAUAGUCCUGUUCACCUCAGAUGCCUGUGGUCUCUCUGAUGUAGCCCAUGUGGAAAGCUUGCAGGAAAAGUCCCAGUGUGCUUUGGAAGAAUACGUUAGGAGCCAGUACCCCAACCAACCAACACGAUUCGGAAAGCUUUUGCUUCGCCUCCCUUCCCUCCGCACGGUCUCCUCCUCAGUCAUAGAGCAAUUGUUUUUCGUCCGUUUGGUAGGUAAAACCCCCAUCGAAACCCUCAUCCGGGAUAUGUUACUGUCUGGCAGCAGUUUUAACUGGCCGUAUAUGGCAAUUCAAUAAAUAAAUCAAUCAAAAUAAGAAGGGGGAGUGAAACAGAGAGAAAGAAAAGGCAAAAGACUGGUUUGUUUGCUUAAAUUCCUUCUGUUAAGAAAGGAUAUAAAAGGAUGUUACAAGUUUGCUAAAAGAAGAGAGGGGAAGAAUUUAAUGGACUGUGAAUUUCCAAAAAAAAAAAGACUGUCGAAUGAACUUUUACAGAAUGCAUUAAAAAAAAAAAAAAACUCCUGUGUCGGUCAGAACAACUUGCUACGUAUCAUUUUUGUAUAAAAAGGAAAUUAGUCUUUUUUCUUUUUUUUGGUAAAUUUUGGAAAAAUAUUGCUAAAAGUGCAUUUAAGGAGAUUGGGAGAAAAUUAGCAGAAUGGAGAAAGUAAGUCUUUUUUUUUUUUUUUCCAAAUUAUUAAUUGUCCUGUGUCUAUGUACCUCUAGCUGUUCUUUUUUGUACAUUUCUGGUUCCAAACCAGUUUAUUCUGUGGUUCUAUAAUAAGUUUUGAUAUAAUCUUGGCUUCUUAAAAACUGUGUAUCCUUAAAAUAUAUGUUCUGCAAGAAUUAAAACUGAGUCCAUGAAAAUAUCAUAGGAAGACAUAAAACUUUUAAAAGGCAACUCAAAGAUGAUGGAAACGCACUUACAAGUGGUGACCAAAAAUUUUAGAUGAAGUUGAGCACUCUAAUUUGAGAACUGGAGGAACCACAUACAACACUUAAAAACUUCCCCUAUCCUGACCCACCCCCGGCCCCCAAAAGACCAUGACAAACCUAGCUUUUAAAAAAUAUUUUAAGAAAGAGAAUGAACUGUGGAAUUUAUUGGCAGCCAAGGAAUGUGUCCAAGACACAUGCUGAGGUUUUGAAUAAAAAGUGAACUUUUGUAAUUUGAAUUGGGUCCCGCUUAGUUCUUGAAUUGUUAUGAAAAUCCUAUAUCUGUUUGUAUAUUUGCAAACCCUUUGUAUUAUAAUUGUUGAUAUUUUCCCUUUUUAAAAAAUACCAUUGAAAUCAGCAUGACAAAAUAACACUGUUGGCACUUAUAGGUAACGUGAUUGAUUCAGUAUCUUAGAGUUUACAGUUUGUGUUUUUAAAAAAAAAACUGAAGGUUUUUUUUUUUUUAAGUGCAACAUUUCUGUAUACUGUAAAAGUUAUAAUAACUGAA